AUGACUGACCUCUACCAAAGAAACAACCUCUUCUCAGUCGAUGGCCUAGUCGCAGUCAUCACCGGCGGCGGCUCCGGAAUCGGCUUGAUGAUGACGAAAGCCCUAGCCGCCAACGGAGCAAAAAAAAUCUACAUCAUCGGCCGCCGCAAGGAAGUCCUCGAAGAAGCCGCUUCCACCAAUCCUUCAGUCAUCAUCCCAGUAGUGGGGGAUGUAACCUCAAAGGACACCUUGAAAGCCAUCGCCUCACGCAUUGCUUCAGAGACUGGCUACAUCAACCUCUUGAUCUGCAACAGCGGCGCCAUGGGUCCCUCGGCCGGUGUCAACAAUCGCGAAGUCAGCAUCGCCGAAUACGCAGCAGCAGCUAUGAAUCAAUCCUGGGAUGCGGUAACAUCGACAUUGGAUAUCAAUGUUACAGCUGUGUUGUUCACUGCAUAUGCUUUUCUCGAACUGUUGGAUGCAGGCAACAAAAAUCCAGUGGCGGCAAAGACAAAGAGUCAGAUUUUGAUCACAGGGAGUAUCGCGGGCUUCAGCAAACAGCCUAAUCAGUCCAUGGCGUACAAGGCGAGUAAAGCGGCGGUCAUGCAUUUGGCGAAGAAUCUGUCGAGUGAAUUGUGGCCGUUCGAUAUUAGGUGCAAUGCUCUUGCUCCUGGCUUGUUCCCUUCAGACCUGGCGUCAAGUCUGAUCUCAAACUCGAAAGCGGAUCCCAGAGAGGAAGGAUCAUUCGAAAAGUCGUACAUUCCGGCUGAGAGGACGGGAGAUGAAGAAGACAUGGCUGGAACUGUCCUUUACAUCGCUUCCAGGGCUGGAGCAUAUCUGAACGGCAAUAUUCUGAUGAUCGACGGAGGACGUUUGAACAUCAUGCCCAACUCCUACUAG